UGUGUGUGUGUGUGUGUGUGUGUGUAGCCUCCACUGCUCUUUGUCCGUGGAUGUUCAGAUAUAGAAAAAGUCGGCACCGCUGGAAGCUCCAGUCCGGACUCCAGGUUUGCGUAAUGCGUAAUGCUGCGGCGUCCUGGGCUCAACAUCUGGAUUAACUAUUUGGAGUCAGAGCUAGCGGCCCUUCACCCAAAUCCGACUGUCUGGUCUAUCUUUUAUGGAAAGAUCUGCCCUUUUUUUCUCUGGAAUUUAACUCCUUUUGAUACUCCCCAGUUUUGCGCAUAGAUUAUGUAUUCUUUAAAAUGGGUGCGAACAAUGGAAAACAGUAUGGAAGCGAGGGUAAAGGGAGCUCAAGCAUCUCUUCUGACAUAAGUUCGAGCACAGAUCACACACCAACCAAAGCUCCAAAGAAUGUGGCUACCACCGAAGGUUUAGACUCCAGCACCCGGACUCUGAGCACCCCGAGCCCCGGUCUCAUCCUUCCAUCCAAGUCCUCCUCCCUCUCCUCACCUGCCCUCUCUAGCAACGGCCAUGACACCAACUCCUCCUCCUCCUCCUCGGCCCGCGCCGAGACCGUCGCCGUGGUCCACUGCCAACCCGGCACCCACACGCGCUCCCGCCAGUCCAAAAGCCACCACCACGCCCCCGUUGACCUCCUCCCCGACCACGCCCUCCUGCAGAUCUUCUCCCACCUCCCCACCAAUCAGCUGUGCCGCUGCGCCCGCGUGUGCCGCCGCUGGUACAACCUGGCGUGGGACCCGAGGCUGUGGGGCACCGUCCGGCUAACCGGGGAGCUGCUCCACGCCGACCGCGCCAUCAGGGUGCUGACCCACCGGCUGUGCCAGGACACACCCAACGUGUGUCUGACCCUGGAGACGGUGGUGGUGAACGGCUGCAAAAGGCUCACCGACCGGGGGCUGCAUGUGGUGGCCCAGUGCUGCCCGGAGCUGCGCCGCCUGGAGGUCGCUGGCUGUUAUAACAUCUCCAACGACGCCGUGUUUGAGGUGGUGUCCCGCUGCCCAGGCCUGGAACACCUGAACCUCUCAGGCUGCUCCAAGGUCACAUGUAUCAGCCUCACCCAGGAGGCCUCUCUCCAGCUGUCCCCUCUCCACGGCCAGCAGAUCUCCAUCCACUACCUGGACAUGACCGACUGUUUUUCCCUCGAGGACGAGGGCUUGCGAACCAUCGCCUCCCACUGCCCCCGCCUGACCCACCUGUAUCUGCGCCGCUGCACCAGGCUGACGGACGAGGCCUUGCGCCACCUGGCUCUCCACUGCCCCUCCAUAAGGGAGCUCAGCCUCAGCGACUGCCGCCUGGUGGGGGACUUCGGCCUGCGGGAAGUCGCCCGCCUGGAGGGCUGCCUGCGCUACCUGAGCGUGGCCCACUGCACUCGCAUAACCGACGUGGGCGUCCGCUACGUGGCCCGCUACUGCCCGAGGCUGCGCUACUUGAACGCCAGGGGUUGCGAGGGGCUGACGGACCACGGCCUGAGCCACUUGGCCAGGAGCUGCCCCAGACUCAAGUCCCUGGACGUGGGCAAGUGCCCGCUCGUGUCGGACAGCGGGCUGGAGCAGCUGGCCAUGUACUGCCAAGGCCUGAGGCGAGUGAGUCUCAGGGCCUGCGAGAGCGUGACGGGCAGAGGACUCAAAGCUCUGGCGGCCAACUGCUGCGAGCUGCAGCUUCUCAACGUGCAGGACUGCGAGGUGUCGCCGGAGGCUCUGCGGUUUGUGAGACGCCACUGUCGCCGGUGUGUCAUCGAGCACACAAACCCCGCUUUCUACUGAGACGAGG